AAUCCUUCUCCCACAAUAUUAAGAAAAGAGAGAAGAAAAAAAAAAAAUGGCCACGUGUCUCUCGCACUUCAAUCACAAAGCAAAUUUCUUGUCGAAAUCAAAAUGGAGUAGUAAAACAAAUUAUAAGCCUAGAAGAAUUAUUGCUGCAGCCCAAAACAAAUCAGCUUAUUGGGCUUCAAUUGAGGCCGACAUCGAUACAUAUCUCAAAAAAGCCAUCCCCGUAAACUCGCCGGCGUCGGUUGUCGGGCCCAUGCACCACCUCAUCUUCGCCGCCCCAAGGACCGGUGCCGCCGCUCUCUGCGUGGCGGCGUGCGAGCUCGUUGGGGGCGACCGGCGUCAAGCCAUGGCGGCGGCAGCCGCGGUGCACCUCAUGCACGCGGCGGCCUACACCCACGAGCAUCUCCCACUCAUGAAGACGGGUAGGCCCGGGCCCGAACCCGAAAUCGAACACAAGUACAGCCCGGGCAUCGAGCUUCUGAUCGGAGACGGUUUGAUUCCUCUUGGGCUCGGGCUGCUGGCCGGUUCGUUUCUGGACCGGACCCGAAACGACCCUGACAGAAUCGUGAGAGUGAUGGUAGAAAUCACGAGAGCCGUCGGCUCACAGGGAGCUGUGGCUGGGCUGUACAGAAAACUCGGCGCAACCGAUGGGAAUUAUUAUGACUACGAAGUUAUGGAAUAUGUUUGCAGGAAGAGAGAUGGGGAGCUGCACGGCUGCGGAGCCGCUUGCGGAGCCGUAUUGGGCGGCGGGGCCGAAGAGGAGGUAGAGAAGUUGAGGAAGUUUGGGGUUUACGCCGGCAUGGUACGGGGGUUAACGGCGGCGGCGGCGGCGGCGGCGGAGAAGAAUCAUGGGGUGGAUUUGGAAGGGAAAAUAGAGGAAAUUAAAGAGCUGGCGAUGAUGGAGCUGAAGGGCUUACGUGGAAGGGAGAUUGAGCUGAUCUCGAGCUUAGCCAUGUUUUUUAAGCUGAGCCGAGGCUAGCCACGUACUCCUACGUGAAGAUGGACAAGAAUUAUUAAUGCAAUAAGUAAAUGUGCUAACAACUAAUGUGUUGUUUCAACAAAUGAGGAAAGUGGUCGCUUGCAACUAAUUAAUUAGCUUGCAAUUAAGCUUUUAAUUAGUACUAAUUAAUUAGCAACGUCCUUUUUCUAUUUGUUUAUUUAUAAAUAAAUAUCCAUAUAU